CGGGCCACGGCCCACAGCCACAUCAGCCUCAUGGGCGCUGGCGGCUGGAUCAGUCGCCUUGUCUCACAUUUCCUCUCUAGAGCUCUACACUGGGGCGAGAGUUCCAAGGAGGCCACCUAUGCUCUGUUGAUUUUGGUGGAUCAGCAAGAUGCGGGUGCUCUGCCAGCCAUACUGGGUAAUGAAAUGCAGCGUCUUUGAGAUGUCAGGUAUGAGCGUAAACUGCCUCACGCAAAAGGCACACUUCCAAGGUAGAGCAACAAUAGUAAUGAACGGAGUACAUCCAUUCUGAAUCUUAUGAAGCUGCUCUGAAGCCCUCCGAUUCGAUCCUUCUGUUGCUGUUAAUAAUACUGAUAUGGUUUGAUCUGCUUGGCACUCCAACGCAACCUUCUGCAGGGUAAGAAAGGGGCGAUCUUUGGGCCAGCCACUAAGUGUCAGAUGAUGUCACUGAUGCGGCCCCGGUGGCGUCUGAAGAGUGACACCUUGUCAAGGUGUCACUCAAAGCCAGUGCAGGCAACCAAAGGGAGGAGCUUAGCUUGGUACCAUCAUUAGGGUUUGGUCCCAGAGUGCCUCAUCAUCGACAUGGCGCUUCUGUGUGCUGCCCAUGCCCGCGGUGCACUCCUCGGCAUUAUUGUCCUCCUGUUGCUGAGGACAUUGAAGGCGGAUCCGGGGGACGGUGCCGCAUUGCUUGAGUUCAAGUGGGGCCUUAAGAACCCCCAGGUGGUGGCGUCCUGGUCCGAGGCUGUAGGAGAUCCCUGUGUUCCAGGCCAAGCCUGGCUGGGGGUCACAUGCUCUGGCCUCCGGAUUGUGCAGCUCGUACUAGACAGUCUGGACUUGUCUGGGCCACUCACUCCUGGGCUGGGCAACCUGGGGGCGCUACAACGCUUGCAGCUGGCCAACAACAGCCUUGCAUCCAGCAUUCCCAGCUCCUUUGGCCAGCUCACUAAUCUGCAGACCCUCGACCUGCGGGGCAACCUAUUAACGGGGAGCAUCCCUGCGGAGUUGGGAAGUUUGCGUGCCCUUAGCUACCUUGAUCUUUCAUUCAACGGGUUCUCUGGCCAGUUUCCCAGUGCCCUGGGCAGCCUCAGUACGCUCACCUAUUUCUCUGUGAGCGGCAACCUUCAGCUGACGGGGGCCCUCCCGUCCACACUCGGCCAGCUCUCCCGUUGCACCACGCUCCUCCUUGACAACAACCAGUUCCAAGGACCGGUCCCCGACUCAUUUGGCAACUUGAGUGCCCUUGUCACCUUGACCCUGGAACACAAUUCGCUAUUCAACAACCUGCCCUCCACCUUCGCCAACCUGGUCAACCUCGAAACUCUCACGGCAGGGUACAACCAGCUGAGCGGGCUACUGCCGGCGUUUCUAGGCACGCUACCGCGCUUGCGCACCGUGCGCCUCAAUAACAAUGGCUACUCGGGGAGCAUCCCGGCGGGCCUCAACCGGGGGGGGGCGCUGCAGACGCUGGACAUCAGCAGCAACUAUUUGACGCAAGCGGUGCCCGCCAGCCUGCUCACCAUCCCGUUCCUCAAUGUCAGCAACAACCGCGGCCUGUGCGGAGCGCCAGGCCUGCCCCUCUGCUCCGACGGCUCCUCCCCUCCAUCUCCAGAGACGAGCCCUAUUGGCCCUCCAGGCAUGCCACCGCCCCCAGAUGGCAUAGGCAGGGGCGGUGGAGGUGGGUCCGACUCAGGGACGACGGCGGGCAUCGUGGUGGGCGUGCUUCUGGCGAUGGUGCUCGUGAUCGCGGGGGGCGCGUUCCUGGUGUGGCGGCGGCGACGGGGGCUUAAUGACGUGGCAUCGCCAACCAGCAAGGGAGCUGCCGCGCUGCUCCCGCUGCCGUCCAGCCGCGGCCCCCUGCUGGGCAGUGCGGCCCGGCCCCUCGGUGUGGCGCUGCCCAACAAGCGCUGGGACGUGUACAGCUACCGCGAGCUCAGCCGCGCGACUGGCCAGUUCAGCGAGGACAACAUCCUGGGGGAAGGCGGGUUUGGUCACGUGUACAAAGGUGUGUUGAAGGGCGGGGACGUGGUGGCGGUGAAGCGGCUGGGCAGCGCGCGCAGCCAGGGCGAGCGCGAGUUUCGGAGCGAGGUGGACAUUAUCAGCAGCGUGCGCCACCGCAACGUGGUGCGCCUGCGCGGAUGCUGCUCCGAGGGCGCCAAGCGACUCCUUGUCUACGACUACCUGCCCAACGGCUCGCUCGACUCCCACCUCUUUGGUGAGCGUGCGCGAGAGCAGGUGAUGCCGUGGGCGACGCGGCUGCGCAUUGCGGUGGACUCAGCACGGGGGCUGGCCUACCUGCACGAAGACUGCAGUCCAAGAAUUAUCCACCGCGACGUCAAGUCGAGCAACAUCUUGCUGGACGAGCGGCUGCAGGCUAAGGUGGCCGACUUCGGGCUGGCGCGCCUCAGCGGCCUUGACGAGACGCACGUCACCACGCGAGUCAUCGGCACCUUCGGCUACCUUGCGCCAGAGUACGCCAUGUCCGGCCAGCUGACGGAGAAGAGCGACGUGUACAGCUUCGGGGUGGUGUUGCUAGAGCUCAUCACGGGGCGCAAAGCCGUUGACACCUCGCGCACGCCAGACGCGGUCAACUUGGUCGACUGGGCCAAGACGCUGGCGCAAGCUGGCCGGAUUGGCGACUUGGGCGACCCGGCAGAGUCCAUUCCGAAGGACGAGCUCCUCCAAGUCGCGGAAGUGGCAUUCACGUGCGUCAGGAGGGCGGCCGGGCAGAGGCCCAAGAUGAGUCAAGUCAUGGCCUUGUUAGAACAGAUAGAAAAGAAAGAGUACAGAAUUGACAUGUCCAACGUGUCGGGCUCAUUAGAUGAAGAGCCACCGGAUUACGGUAUGGCCCCCGGGCCCCCAGAUUCGUACCCCUCCCAAACGCACCUUUUUGCUGAGCUUGUACACGGAGGGGACGCCGUUGCAGAUGCGGCCAACAAAGAAGGGGAACUGGGAGCGCCCAGUGAUACCGGACUGAAUCGGGCGAACUCCAAAGAAGCACUCUUUGCAAACACGUAUAGAAGUAUGUAA